AUGGCUGCAACCCUCCUACACACUCGCCUGUAUAUCGCAUCCCAGUACAUCGCCGUCCCGACUGAGCCGCUCACAUUGUACAAUCUUGAUAAUCUGAAUUCAGUGGGAUAUCGAGGUGGUGAAGAUGUCUACCUCACUUCCGAUAUCGACAUUUCCACAAACCUCGAUUGGCUGAAAGGGUGCACAGUCGAGAAAGAUGGCGGAACUGGCAAGCAGAAGACUGGCGUGAUCAUCCUUGUGGAUAAAGGUGAAGGUGUCGUAGACGUUUUUUAUUUCUAUUUCUGGGCUUUCAACUACGGAGGUACUAUACUUGAAAGACAGCUGGGUGAGUUGCUAUGA